AAGCCUCCGUCGUCUCGGCCGGCUCUCCUCCGACCUAUCUGGCCCUCGCCCGGGACCAGAAGCUGCGCGAGGGGCGCGGUCUCGACGACGACGAGCCCGGACUCGCACUCCUGAGUGCAAGCGCCGCCCUGGCGGCGGUGCCGGUGGACGCGGAGAAGCAGGCCCAGAAGUGCGUCCAGGCGGAGAGCGGCUGCGGGCCGCUUCACGACACCUUUGGGACGCUGUGGACGGACAUGAAGGAGCUCGUCGACGACACCCGGGUGCAGAUCCAGGAGGACACGGACACAUUCACGCAUUUCAGCGAGGCAAUCAACAACCAGUUGAAGUCCAUCACUGCGAGCAUCAAGGAGCAACAGGGUGCCCUGCAGGCCGCCACCACGGCAGGGGGCACGCUGGCGUCUCGCCAGGCCGAGCUGGUCGGCGAGCUCGACUCCCUGGAGAAAAUGAGCUGGAACAAGCAGACAGAGUGCAAGACAACGAUCCGCGAGAUUCUUUACAAGCAGAUCUGUGCGGUCCACAAGGUGCGUGAUGAGCUGAUCAGGCUGAAGCUGUCAGACGUAAACCUCGCAGAGGUGUCCGACUGCUACCUGACAGAUUUCUUGGCGUCCAGUUGUUCGAAGAGUUGCGACGACGACCUCGUGGGCGGCGAGAUGAACAUGACCCGCGACGUCAUCACCAAGAACAGCGAGUACGGCGCUCCCUGUCCCGCGCUGCGGGUGACGCACCCGUGCAACCGGAAGAGGUGCCCCAUCGACUGCAGGGUGUCGGAGUGGUCCGCAUGGUCGAAGUGCACCUCGGACUGCGGCGGCGGCGUGCAAUCCCGGGUGCGACAGUUGGAGCAGAAGCCGAGGUACGAUGGCCAGGCGUGCAACACCCUCCAGGAUACGCAGGCGUCCAGUCGGGAUGACAACAAAGGGCGGCGCGCAUGA